CAGUAGAAGAAAAUACAUGACAACAUUUUUUAUUACACAAAAAUUAUGUGAAUGCUCCCACACCCAACUACAAAUUGUGCAAUUUUUCGUACCAUUGUGGUCUCCAUGCUUGUCUCUACAGCCACAAGGAUAAGGGGUACACCACCACCAGGCCCUCUGUCCUAUUACCAGUUGAAAGCUUGUGAAGGCAAGUAAGGCGAAGAGGAAUAUUGUUGGUGCUGUUGCUGGCCAAGUUACUAUUCUAUUAAGUGCAUAAAACACCACCCAGACACUGUUCAAACACAUCCGAAGGGAUAUCAAUCCGAGUGUGGAUUACACACGUUGUUUAACAUGUCUCUGUCUACGAGUUUUAGCUCAGGGACAAGCAGGGUUCGAGUCCACUGCGCCCCACCUCAAACUUCCUCAUUUAGACCCAGAAAAAGAGUAGCAUUAGCAUAUGCAAGAAUAAAGAGGCCAGUGGAAGAGCGCUUCAAUAUACUCUGCGAGAGGAAUGUAUCGGAAAACCAACUGGAGGAGCUCUGCGUGGAGAGGUGGUCAAAAUGGGAGAGCGGGAAAUGCAAACUGUACUGGGAAUGGCAGGUUGAUCAACAGGUUUACAUUGUGAAAGGAAGUGUGAGGGUGGUUCCUAAUGGCUGUGACGAUGAUGGCGCCUGGUUCUACGCAGGCGACCUCGUGCGAUAUCCCAAGUGGCUCGAGGCCUCCUUGUAUUUCCAGGGCCCUUACGAGGAGCGCUACCGUUUUUUGGCCUACGGGGACGAUUAAUUCAAGGAUAGAAAACAUAUCAACAAAUCAACUUUGCUGGAAUUUCGCUUUCAUCUAUUUGGUUGUUAAAAUAUAAUCAAGCAUUUUUGGCCAAAUACUUCAGGUAUCGACAAAUUAUUCAGAACUUGGUAUUGAUGUUGCACGUUUCUCAUAAAAUGAUCAUCAUAGUUUUGGUAUUAUUGUGACACUGAACUCUUGAUUCUCAAGAAAUCUAAGUGCGUUCCAAAGUGACCACAUAUUGAGUGUAAGAUGUUAAUUCAAAUAUGUAAAUAGAGGAGAUUAUUGGAAGUGGUAUUGUAAUUACUAAGUUAACUAAGUCUUUUACGUCAUGCAGUGUUGCAUUAUUAUUAUUUUCAGUAGGUAAUUUGAAAUUGGAUGACCAAUUAAGAUUCACCCAUUUUACAGGAUUUAGUAAUCGCUUUUGUUUCUUGGUA